AUGGCCGCCAUAGGCGCCUUCUUCUCGGGACAGGUCAACCGCGUCAAGGACGUGGCCAACCAGCAGCAGGCGCUGACCAGGCGCCAAUCCGCCUCGGGCCAGGACUUCCCGGGGUCGGGGCACCGCCCGGCCGACCGCAAGACGUGGAUGGCGGAGCUGGGGCCGGAGCGGCUGCGCGUGCACCAGGUGGUGUGGCCAGGCACCCACAACUCCGCCACCGCCGAGAUCGGCGUCCCCUUCGUCACCCGCCCCUUCGCGCAGUGCCAGUCGCUCUCCGUCUACCACCAGCUCGCCACGGGCUGCCGCCUCCUCGACGUCCGCGUGCAGAAGGACCGCCGCGUCUGCCACGGCCCGCUCGUCGCGAGCUACACCGUCGAUGUCGUCAUCGACGACGUGCGGCGCUUCCUGUCCGAGACCGCCUCAGAGGUGCUCGUCCUCGAGGUGCGCACCGAGUUCGGCCACGAGGACCCGCCGGAGUUCGCCAAGUACCUCGUGGAGCGGCUGGGCGAGCACCUGAUCCCGCAGGACGAGGCAGUGUUCCGCAAGACCAUAGCCGAGCUGCUGCCGCGGCGGGUGAUCUGCGUGUGGAAGCCGCGCAACUCGCCGGCGCCGGCGCGCGGCGGGCCGCUGUGGAGCGGCGGGUACCUGAGGGACAACUGGAUCAACACGGACCUGCCGGAGAAGAAGUUCGACGGCAACCUCGCGUCCCUCGCGCAGCAGCCCGACCCGGCGGCCGCACGGAGGUUCCUCUACCGGGUGGAGAACACGCUGACGCCGCAGACCGACAACCCGGUGCUGCUCGUCGAGCCGGUCACGCGGCGCAUCCACCGCUUCGCGCGCUUCUUCAUCGCCCAGGCCUUCGCCAGGGGCCUCGGCGGCAAGCUGCAGGUCUUCUCCACCGACUUCAUCGACGGCGACUUCGUCGACGCCUGCGCCGGCGUCACCAAGGCCCGCGUCGACGGCGCCGCGUGA